UAUACUUUUUCUCUCUCUCUCAUCUUCUUCUUGUGCCGCCAUUUCUACAACUUUUUCACUUUCUCUCUCCUCAUUUGCUCUCUCUUCAAUUUCUGCAACUUCUCUGUUAAAAUGCAAUCCAUGAACUCCAGUGAAGUCGACUAUGAACACGAUCAAGGUCUUGCUAGAGAUUUCCUCGUGAACUUCGCUGACAUCCAUGGCGAAGCGAAAUACAUGAACAUCCUCCAAGACGUGGCUAAUCGGAAGACUCGAGCAAUAGAGAUAGAGCUGGAAGAUUUGUACAAUUAUAAGGAAUCAGACGAUGAGUUUGUGAGGAAAGUAACUGAGAACACGAAGAGAUAUAUUGGAAUCUUUGCGGAGGCCAUUGAUGAACUUAUGCCGGAGUCUACGGAGCCUUUUGUUGAUGAUGAUCAUGACAUUCUGAUGACUCAGAGGUCUGAAGAAGGGACUGAGAAUGCUGAUGGAUCGGAUCUUUUUCAGAAAAUGCCAGCUGAAAUUAAGCGGUUCUAUGAGGUUUACAUUCGAGCAUCUUCGAAGGAUCGGCCUUUUACUAUUCGAGAGGUCAAGGCUUCCUACAUCGGACAGCUUGUCAGAAUAUCAGGGAUCGUGACUCGGUGUUCAGAUGUUAAGCCUUUGAUGCAGGUGGCGGUUUAUACAUGUGAGGAUUGCGGUUUUGAGAUAUAUCAGGAAGUAACAGCCAGAAUCUUCAUGCCCCUAUUUGAAUGUCCAUCAAAACGUUGCAAAACAAACAACACCAAGGGAAACCUCAUUCUUCAGCUGAGGGCAUCAAAGUUCCUGAAAUUUCAAGAGGCCAAGAUGCAAGAGUUAGCUGAACAUGUUCCAAAAGGGCACAUCCCAAGAUCCAUGACAGUCCAUCUUAGGGGUGAAUUGACUAGAAAGGUAGCACCUGGUGAUGUUGUCGAAUUAUCGGGAAUAUUCCUGCCGAUCCCUUACACUGGAUUUCGAGCAAUGCGAGCUGGCUUAGUGGCAGAUACAUACUUGGAAGCUAUGUCUGUCACUCACUUCAAACGAAAAUAUGAAGAGUAUGAGCUGAGAAGUGAGGAGGAAGAACACAUUGCCCGCUUAUCUGAAGAUGGGGAAAUCUAUAACAAGCUGUCGCGAUCAUUAGCUCCUGAAAUUUUUGGGCAUGAAGAUGUUAAAAAGGCCCUACUUCUGCUUCUUUGUGGGGCUCCUCACAGGAAAUUAAAAGACGGAAUGCAAAUUAGGGGAGAUGUACAUAUUUGCUUAAUGGGUGAUCCUGGUGUUGCAAAAAGUCAGCUUUUGAAACACAUUAUAAAUGUAGCACCAAGGGGUGUCUAUACCACUGGGAAAGGAAGCAGUGGAGUUGGUCUAACAGCUGCUGUGCAGAGGGACCCAGUCACCAAUGAAAUGGUCCUUGAAGGCGGGGCACUGGUGCUAGCGGAUAUGGGUAUAUGUGCUAUCGACGAGUUCGACAAGAUGGAAGAUUCAGAUCGCACAGCAAUACAUGAAGUAAUGGAACAGCAGACAGUAAGCAUUGCCAAAGCUGGGAUCACAACAUCACUAAAUGCAAGGACAGCAGUUCUUGCUGCUGCUAACCCUGCUUGGGGACGAUAUGAUCUCCGGAGAACUCCAGCUGAAAAUAUUAAUCUUCCUCCAGCCCUUUUGUCAAGAUUUGAUCUCCUAUGGUUAAUUUUAGACAAGGCAGACAUGGAUAAUGAUCUUGAAUUAGCAAGGCAUGUGGUCUAUGUUCAUCAAAACAAGGAAUCUCCUGCUCUUGGCUUCACUCCUCUAGAACCAUCUGUCCUUAGGGCGUACAUUGCAUCUGCAAGAAAAGUGUCUCCUUCAGUUCCUAGGGAACUUGAGGAGUAUAUUGCUAGUGCAUACUCUAGCAUACGACAGGAAGAAGCUCGGUCAGAUACUCCUCAUUCCUAUACAACUAUCAGAACACUACUCAGCAUUUUACGGUUAUCAGCUGCACUCGCAAGACUCCGGUUUUCUAGUAUUGUCGAACAAAGUGAUGUUGAUGAAGCACUUAGGUUGAUGCAAAUGUCAAAAUUCUCCUUGUACUCCGAUGAUCGCCAGAAAUCUGGCCUCGAUGCUAUAUCUGAUAUUUAUUCAAUAUUAAGAGAUGAAGCUGCAAGGACUAACAAAAUGGAUAUCAGCUAUGCACAUGCUCUCAACUGGAUUUCCAGAAAGGGGUACAGUGAAGCCCAGUUAAAGGAAUGUUUAGAAGAGUACGCAUCCCUGAAUGUGUGGCAGAUUCAUCCCAGCACCUUUGACAUUCGAUUUAUUGAUGCCUGAACAUAGCAGAAAUGUAUUUAUUAUGUCGUGUAGACCAUCAUUACUCGUCAAUCAAGCAGGGAUUAGCUUUUGUUUGCCUGUCAUGCUGGGUUGUAAUUUUUAUUAGUACUAUUCGAGAUGUGUAAUUUUAAGGUAGAAUUUGUUUACAUACUUGACUGGGAAAUCAAUAGUUCGACUAUUGAGAGCA